AUGAGGCAGAGACCUUGUAACCGGCCGCUUCAUCUUCCUUCUCUCUCUCGCUCAACACGAAGCAACUCAAUGUCGAAUCAAAAGCACUCCUAAUUACCGCAUGACCUCUCUCUCGCUCGCCGCCGCCUCCACCGCCUAAUCCACCAUGGACGACACGUCCAAUCCCAAAGCUAUCAAGCGCCGCCACAAACACACCAGUGACGUCGACGACGAUGAAGGAGACCCUGAGGUCUGGGCAACAUUCAACUCCACUUUCCGGCAAGUCCAAUCGGUACUUGAUAGGAACAGAAAUUUGAUCCAACAAGUGAACGAGAAUCACCAGUCUAGAGUCCCCGACAACAUGGUCAAAAACGUUGCGUUGAUUCAGGAACUUAAUGGUAAUAUCUCCAAAGUCGUCUCGCUUUACUCCGAUUUGUCCUCCAGUUUCUCUACUUCUUAUCAGCAGCGUAACGGUGAAGGCUCCGGUAACAGUAACAGUAGUGGAAGGUCGUAAUUUUCAAUAUUUUGGGUGUGUUUUUGUUAUAUUAAUUUGGGUAUUUAUUGAAUUAUUGAUGUAGUGUUUGUAUUUGGAAAUAAAUAAAUAAAUAACGGUGUGGUGCGCUACUUUUAAAA